AUGGGAAUGACAAAUAUUCAAGGUAUAGCUAGAUUAGUAUUCAUUCUUUGCGUAAUAUUUUUAUCAAUUUAUUUUAUUCUUCCACCUUCAGCCGAAGAAAGUUUACAUAUUGAAAAAACUCUUAAAGAAAAGAUAAUUAAACAGUCACUUCAAAAAGAACAACAGGCUCAACAACAUCGAGAAGCACUUGAUAAACAACUUGAUAAGUUAUUGGUUGAUAAACGAACUAGAGCGGAUAAAGAUGCUAUAGGAACCACCAAAAGAGUAAUUAAAGAAAAAUUAAAAUUCGAUUUUACAAAUUACAUUCCAGGAUCUAAUAGUUUUGGUAAAAUUAAUAAAAAUGGGAAUAAUAAUAAUGUCAAGAGGUUAAAAGAAUUUAAAAGAAAAUUAGAUUGUAUGACUAGUAAAGAAUGGCAAUUCGUUCGAGAAUCAGUUAAAUAUGUUUGGAAAACUCCCGAAGAAUGUCCUAUGCCAAAAUUUAAUAUUGAAAAAGCAUGUUCAAUUAUUUAUGGUAAAAAAUUUUUAUUGGUGGGAGAUAUUUUACUUUUUCAAUUACAUGAACUUUUAUUAGAUUAUUUUAAGGAGGGAUCAGUACAAUGUUAUGGAGAAAUUGCAUGUAAAGAACAUUUACUUUGUAAAAUUGAUAAUAUUGAACAAGGAAAUGGAAAACAAAAGCAACCACCUAAAAUGAAAUUUAUUAGAAAUGAUUUAAUUUCGAAUCGUCAAAAUUUACCGAUUGAUGAUAUAAAAUUUACGGAUGCGAAAAAUUUAGAAUUACCAUGGAUUUCAUAUGCCCAUAAAUUUAAUGUAUUAAUUUUAAACAAAGGACAUCAUUGGCAAGAUGAUGAAACGUUUCGUAAUAAUUUAAUUGAAGUGAUGGAUUCAGUUCGAACCAAAUUUCCCAAUACUCUCAUAAUUUAUAAAUCCACAACUUUAGGUCAUUUAAAUUGUCAAUCAGCGAAAGAACCUUUAUCAUCACCACCCAAUGCUACAGAAUUAGAAUCUUUACCUUAUCAUUGGGGAGAAAUUCAUAGACAAAAUUUAAUUGCUAAAGAAAUUAUUGAAGCUGUAGGAGGAGUUUUCAUAGAUUUAGAAAAUGUGAUGAUUACGAGAAUUGAUGAUCAUAUUGGAGGGCAAGAUUGUUUAAGAUGGUGUAUUCCUGGUCCGGCGGAUAUUUGGUUAGAUUUUUUAUUUUACGUUAUGAAUGAAUUAAAGUAA